GCGAUAUUUGUUUGGUUGUUGUUACGUUUGCUAUUGAUUUUUUUAUCAAUUGUCUAUUUGUUCAAUAUUGCAAUAAGACUGAAAUAAUUGUUAUUCGAAGAGGAUUUUAGGUGUCUUUCUAUAAUCUGACAGUUUUUGGUUGUCUUCAUUUUCAUUAUUGUAAGAUUCUAAAAACAAAAAUAGUUUGACAUAAUAACAAAAUUAUUUCUAUACUUUUACGAUUUUUUUCGUUUUUGUUGGUAGUUUCGUAUUUGCGCUUUAAUUAAUUUAAUAUUUAUCUACAUCAGAAAUUAGUGUUUAUUUACAAAUAUUUCAACAGGAAGUUGAAUACUGAUAUAAUAAAAUAUUGUACUGCUGACUGGCAUAUUAGACUUAGUGGCACGCUUACACAAUGUCACUUGCCGAGAGCAACUUAGAAACAAUCAGUGGGUAUUUAGACAGCGAGUUCUCCUCUGGCGAUACUCAUAAAAUGAAAUGUAAACAGUUUUACCAGGAGGAGAACAAUAACGAGGUCGAUGAACUGUCAAAAGAAUUGUCUGAAAUGGGUUGCAUAGUUGAUGCUGUUAAACGACCACCGAACAUAUGUGUUGAAACUUGUGUGUAUGAAGAAUCAGGGACAGUUAAUGAAAAUGAUGAACAUGGUCAUGAUAAUGAAGACAUUCAUUAUUCAGAUGAAUUUGAAGAGGAAGGAAGUGACACAGAGGUAGAGCAGAAAAGUAGAACUAUUAUCAAAAAUAGCCCAGAGGAAAGUCAUGUCAAUAAGUCUUCUGUUAAAUUAGCAAAAAGUCAGUCAUCAAUGUCUACACAUAAACCUCCGUCUGUUUCUGGCAGGUCCACUGAUUAUGGUUCGAUAUCAGUACCGUCGACACGCCGGAUCAACAUGUCAUUCACGAACGAAAGAUUACGUGAAAUAGAACGACACAACCACAUACUCUUAAAUAAGAUCCUGAGUGCGAGAAAUCAGAAAAAGUCCUCAAUACCGAACCGGGAACAUCCUCAUCGACGUCCGCUGCCGCCGGCCGCCGUUCACAGGAAGAUGCAGCAGAGAAAAAUUGAUCACGACAACAUGAUAUUGCUAAAGAAAAUUCAGCGUGCCAAGUCUUCAGCGUGCAGCAUCCGUCGUUGAUACAGAUGUCGCGUCCGGUGCGCGGGCGCAGGACAUUACAAUGCUUUGUUGAAUAUAUUUUAUACCACUGUUUUUA